AUGAACGGAUGCUUUUCUUCUUUCUGCACACCAGAGCCUUUGACAACGUUAAAAUAUUCCCCCCCCCCAUCUUUCUCCUUAAAGGGACCCUCAGUGGCUUCCAUCCUUAAAGAGGCAACAUUUAAAAGCGAAAACCCAGAAGUCACCCAGCAGAAAACAGCAAGAGUGGCCCCCCCAAAGGUCUGCGGGACGCGGUCAGCCAAGACCAUUUCCAAAACCGCCUAUCAUCACGGCGUGGUGGUGGUCAAAUGCCCCGGCUGCCCGAACCGUCACGUGAUUGCAGACAACCUGGGCUGGUUCUCAGACCUGGCGGGGAAAAGGAACAUUGAGGAAAUCCUCGCAGCCAAAGGGGAGGAGGUGAGACGCGUGGCUGGCGAAGAGGCCCUGGAAUUCGUGACCAAUGAUCCCGAGGCAGUGGGAUCCCCAAGCCAACGCCUGGAAGAAGGCGGAGAAAAAGACCCCAAAUGACCACGGACGGCGCACUCUGACCUUUUGGGCGGUUCGGUUUCGGGAAUGUUUGACACCAGGAAUUUUGGAAGAAAGACUUUGUCUGCAUCAACUCUCUUGACUUAACAUGGCCAUUCGCACCUUGGGGAGCGACGGAUCAAAGCGUCUGCUGUUUCGUUUGUACAGACUGGGACAGGAUUGAAGUGUGGUGUGUAUUAGGCGCGCCAGCUUAGCGCAAUAAUGGGAGUUGGAAGGGGGAACCAUGAGGUCAUCCAGUCCAACCCCCUGCUCAAGGCAGGAAUCCAAGUCCAAGCAGAUCGGGCCGAGGGUGGCCCCCGUUUUCUCCAGCACUGGAGCGCUCACCGCCUUCUCCCGAGGUCAUGGAAUGGCGGCCAGCCCCCCCAGCAAAAAGAUUGAGAGUCCACAUCUCCAAAGACGUUUGGGUCACGAAAUGUUUAUUAAACCACCAACCCCCUGCUCUCUUA